AUGGCUUCCCUCCAGUUCACCCAGCCUGCCGGCACCCUCCGCGCAUCAGCAUCAGUUCAGCCCACCCGAACCGUCUCCUCAGCAGGACUUCGUCUUAACCACCAAGGUCGUGUCCACUUGCAACAGAAGCAUCGACUCGCCCAAGUUCAAGCUUCAGGUCCUUUAUCACGGUCAUCUUCGGUAUAUUUCCCCGCUCAGCCAGCUCAACCUUACGCCUCGUCCGCCCCGUCGUCUUCAGCGACUCUGAAUCGUCGCCAGCGCCCUCCUGUACCUCUAUUCACCCAGAGUAUGCAGGGUGCAACCAAUCAGAUGGAUCUUCAAGAUCUCGAUCUAGACGACUUCACUGGUUUUGAAGGUGGUGCUUCAACCACCUAUUCGUCACCCGCCAUGCCUUCCGUAUUUGACGUUGGCCCAAAUACCCUGGGCACCGUGUCUCCACAGGACCUCCUCAUCCAGGAGCCUUUCAUGUCUGCGCCGAACUCCACGGCUUUGACUGCACUGACCUCGCCGUCUAUCUACAAUGAGUCGCCGGAUUUCAACGAUGGCUACGAUGUCUCCCCCAGCUUUGAUUCUGGCGACUUUGGCGCCGCAGAUUUUGACACCGGCAGGGGUGAAUCUUGGUUUCCCUUAUUUCCCCAAGAUUCUACAGGCGUUGCGAAAGAGAGCGUUGGAGUAAAGGACGCUCAGAAGACGCAAACUGAUCAAUCUCCUGCUCUGAACGGUGACGACCUUGAGGUGGUGGAGUUCAGUUCUUCAUCAGGUCGCCGGAAGUCCGUAAAUUCUUCCCCAACCAGCUCUAUUCGUCAUUCUUCGGUAUCCGGUGUGAAUUCCCGCCGACGCGACAAGCCGCUGCCUCCUAUCAUUGUCGAGGAUCCCAGCGACACAACCGCGAUGAAACGCGCACGGAACACCUUGGCUGCGCGCAAGUCUCGUGAGCGCAAGGCGCAGCGAUUUGAAGAUCUUGAGGAGAAGAUUCGCAAACUGGAAGAAGAGCGGGACCACUGGAAGAGUAUUGCUUUGGGUCAAUCUUGA